AUGGGUCAAAACGCUUCCACUCCUGCUCCUGCGCCAACAGCAGCUGUUAACCCUCAUGCUGGGGUAACGGGUGCUCCUCCUCCAAGUUGUCCUAUGCAUACGGCCGCUCCUCCUCCGGUCGCCCAAUGCCCGAUCCCACAUGAUCCCGACGCACUAAACCCACAUAACAAUAUGCCAAUACUCAAUCAAAAUCGUGCACCGGGUCAAAUAAUGGACCUUCCAACAAACAGGUCUGUCUCAUCUAUUCCUCGGGCCGCAGGGAGCACGUAUGGCCCUACCGGCCCUGCUGCUGGAGCAGACACUGCUGCAGGGAAAUGGGAAUACCCGUCUCCUCAACAGUUUUAUAACGCGCUCGUGCGGAAGGGGUGGGAGACCCCAGAAGAACAUGUCGAGACUAUGGUUCAUAUUCAUAAUUUCCUUAACGAAGAGGCCUGGCUCGAGGUUCUGAGGUGGGAGGCCAAAAGAGAGGGCGGCCCAGAAGAGGCAGCUGAUCUCCAGCUUGUUAAGUUCCAAGGCCGACCCGGUCAGCUUUCACCCAAAGCCCGGCUAUUCCAGUUUGCUGGUUGGCUUUUACCCUCUCGUUUCGACGUCCAACCACCGUUUGAUCGCCAUGACUGGAUUGUUCGGCGUCCAAAGACACAAGAGGAAGUUCGAUACGUGAUCGAUUACUACGGCGGAGAGUCGGAUGAGAAUGGUCAACCAGUAUUCAACCUGGACGUCAGACCAGCAUUGGACAACUUUGAUAGCAUCAAAAUGAGGAUUAGCGCCGCUACUUCUGAGGCAUGGUCCACCUUCCGCCAGGGGAAUACAGGAGCUCCCCAAUCAUAA